AUGGAUAACAACAGCAAGAACGAAGAAAAAACCUGUGGUGGCCAUGCCACUCAGCAUCAUACAGGGCCGAUGGUUCGCUCCAUUCCAGAGAAGGCAAGUCCCAUCAAUGCAAAAGACUUUCGUCUCAACCAAAGAUCCCCAAAUGCCGAGAAGGAACACCGACAAGGGAGUUCUUCUACAGGAUCUGCUCACGCCUUUUCCGGUACCGAAAUUGAUGGGAGUUCGUUUGCAUUCAACGGUAAUGCCGCGGGUGAUAUACCAAAACAGGGUGGACCUAGUAUUCACAUAAUGAGAAAUGGCACUGUGAGCAGCAGCAGUGUCCUGUUUAAUGGAGACAUGGACCCGGAAAGCUUCAAAAAGAUGUUUUGCAAAACCCGCUAG